AUGUAUUGUUUGCGCCCGGCAGGGCCCGUACGCUAUGAAGGCCGUGGACUUUGGCGCCUGCGACGACGGGGAAUACCCGGGGAUGCUGGUGAACGUGCCGCUGAUCUUGGACGAGGCGCGAACGAGACGGCCUACACGGGGGAGUUCACCACCACCUACGACUACCUGGCGAACGACUGCGAGAUGGAGAUCACCGUUUACAAGUGGGGCAGUACUGGUGGAUGGCUUAAAUUUUACGACCUGACCUUCACCAAGCCAUUCGACUACUUGCUGACUAACUUCCCGGCCGUCUUUGAGUACAUCUGGUACCCCAUGGCCAUCAACAAGAAGCCUGUGCCUCCGGGCACCUACUACAUGCAUCGGUACUGGACACGACCGAUCACCCUAAAAAAGUUCGUCGCCUUACCUUACGGGAAGUAUAAAUUGUACAUGAAAGGUCUGAAGGAUGGAAAAAGACAAGUUUGUGUGUAG